AUGGCGAGCACCUCUUCCCUGCUGGGCUGGCUCUCACGCCACUGCCCGCUGCCUCCCUCCUCCUUCCCCUCCUUUCUUCAACCUCCAGUCCCACCAGCCAUGCCGCCCUCCUCGUCCUUGGGCCACCAUCCGUCCGCGGCCGCCCAUCUUUCCACAGCCGGCAGCAACAGCAGCACCUCCUCUGACGAAGACAGGAUGCAGGGUGUUGGAAGCAGAGAUGGAGACGGCAACAAUGAGGAAAUCCAUGGCACGGAUCCGUCGGAGGAGGUCGGAGGGGGAUUCAAGCUCACUACAGCAAGGGUCUUCAGCGAGGUCCUCAGCGCAGUUGGGUGGCACUCGCUGCCUUCAUCCUCCUUCCCUCCCUUUACUCAAUACCUGCAGCUGCAGGCUACAGUGCCAUCAUCCAUGGCCACGCCCAAGCCGCCCCCCUCCCCGUCCUUGCACAUCUCUGAAGCCGACCUUUCCGGCGGCUCCCAGAGCCCAGUGCAUGCCGAACCUGCUGCAGACGUGGCGAUGAUCAUGAAGGUGAAGCUGCCAGGCUGCCGCCGCCUAUGCAAGAUCAGCAACACCUCUUCCGGCCAGGACCAGCUGCAGGGCGUUGGGAGCAGCAGCUGGGAGAUGGAGGAGCCCAUGUCCACAGGGGAAUUCGAAUAUGAAGACGACGACAUCAAGGAGGUGGUGGAAUACCAUGACACCCAGGCGGUGGUGUCGGAAGAACUUCCGGACUUGGAGAUGGAGGCCACCGUCGGAAGCGGGAAGCCGCCAUACAAUCUGCAGGAUGUUGGAAGCAGCAGCCGGGAGAUGAAAGAGCCCACGUCCACGGGGGAUUGUGAAGACGACGACGAUGUCAAGGAGGUCUUGGAAUACCAUGACACCGAUGCGGCAGAGGAGAAAGACAGACUUCCAGACUUCGAGAUGGUGGACACCGUGGCAAGCAGCAAGCCGCCGUACAAGCUCCCGGCAAGAAUAUUCAACAAGCUCUAUCCCCACCAGCGCGAGGGGCUCAUCUGGCUCUGGUCUCUCCACUGCAGGGGAACCGGUGGGAUCCUCGGUGACGACAUGGGACUAGGCAAAACCAUGCAGGUUUCUGCCUUCCUUGCAGGGUUGUUCCACUCUGGUCUAAUAAGGAGGGUGCUAGUCGUUACCCCGAAUAUGGUUCUCACCCAUUGGAUCAAGGAACUAUCAGUCGUCGGCCUCAGGCACAAGAUCAGCACCUACUAUGGCCCCAAAAAAGAUGUUCGUCACUAUGAGCUGCAACAUGUCUUCAAGGAGGGAGGCAUCUUGUUAACAACGUAUGAUAUGGUCCGAAUAAACUACAAACAGAUAAGGGGUGAUUUCUAUGACGAGGAGGAGGAGGGGAAAAUGUGGAAUUAUGUUAUUCUUGAUGAGGCACAUUUGAUCAAGAACCCGAAAGCACAAAGAUCCCAAUGCUUAUUGGAAAUACCUUGUGUCCAUCGGAUUGCCAUCAGCGGAACACCUAUACAGAAUAACUUGAAGGAAAUGUGGUCGAUUUUCUCUUUUUGUUGCCCGGAAGUCUUGCCUGAUAAGGAUGAGUUCAGAAAAAAGUAUGAAGUACCUAUCUAUGAAGGAAAUGACAAGAGCGCUAGAAGUCUAGCGAAGGACAUAAGCUCAGACGUAGCAAAGGAAUUAAGAGAACGAAUAAAGCCAUACUUCUUGCGUCGUACGAAAAGUGAAGUAUUCCUUGAGACUGGUUUGACAGAUGAUAAACAGCUUCCGAAGAAGAAUGAGCUGGUUAUCUGGCUGAAAUUAACUGAUCGUCAGAGGCAGCUAUAUAAAGCUUUUCUGAAAUGUGAACUUGUUCAUUUAGCAGCAUCGCGAGGAAAUCCCUUGGCUGCAAUCACGGUAUUGAAGAAAAUAUGUGAUCACCCACAGUUAGUGACUAAGAGAGAUGAGGAAAUGGAUAUGGCUGAAAACAAUGAUCAGGAAAUGGAGAUGGCUGAAAAAAUGGCCAUGAACCUCGGAGAUAUGCCUCGUGAUGAUGAGGCAGUGGAAGUCGGCCCGGAAGUCUCAUGCAAGUUAUCUUUUAUCUUGGCGUUAUUGCGGAAUCUUCUUGAAGAAGGACACCAUGUUCUGAUAUUUUCUCAGACUCAUAAAAUGUUAAACCUGAUUCAGGAAGCUAUAUUAUUAGAGGGCUACAGCUUUUCGCGCAUGGAUGGCAACACUGAGAUUUCUGAGAGGGAAAGGAUCGUGAAGGAUUUCCAAGAGGGCCUUGGAGCUCAGAUAUUUUUGCUGACCACAAAAGUCGGUGGUAUUGGACUUACACUCACCAAGGCAGCUCGUGUCAUAGUAGUUGAUCCUGACUGGAAUCCAAGUACGGACGAUCAGAGCAUUGAUCGGGUUUAUCGAAUUGGACAGACACAAGAUGUGAUUGUAUACCGCUUGAUCACAUCCGCAACCGUGGAAGAAAAGAUAUAUAAAACGCAGGAGAUUCAAGAUCCUUUUAGUCUGCCGGAACAAGGUUUUGAUGUAUCCCUUACGCAGAAACAAUUGCAAGAAGAGCAUGGGUAUCCUCUUGACAUAGAUGCGCCGUUGAGGGAGCACAUAGAGUUUCUGGAGCAACAACCAGGGACAGCAGGUGUAGGUUAUCACAGCCUCCUAUUUUCAAAAACAGAAGUCCUGCCGAUGUUUACUGAGAAUAAUGCACUGGACAGGGGUGCCCAUGCUAAGCCAAAGGACGAGUGCUUCACUGCUACAACAUGCACAAAUUCAGAGAUCCCUGAAGAGAUGAACCGGCUGACAGAAACCUUCGCGAGCAUGACACUGGAGCCAAGGCUGUCCGACUGUGCAGACAAGAUAGUAAAUGCUUUGGAUAAUGGAAAGCUGACGGUGGGUGCUGACUCAUCGCCUUCGUCGUCCAAGGAAAUGAUCUACUGA